UGACGACAGGAAAAAAGCAUUUCAAUCUUCACAUAGUUUGUAAAUUAAAAUGAAUAAAAUAAAUCUAAUUGAAUUCACUUACAAAUAGUAAUUUAUCAUAAAAGUAAAUAUAACAUAAUUACUGGCUAAAAUAAAUGAGGAAAUUUAGAAUAAUCUUUCUGACAUACAUAAUUUUUUAAAAUUAUUAUUGAGAAUUAUUUCAAUUGAUUACAUUGACAUUAUUGGUAUUAUUUUAUUGAAAAUAAUAAUUUGGUUCAAAGGAAGAGAUACCAUUGUACGCGACUGUACACAAUUCAAAAGAAUAAAUUUACACAAUCUAACUGAAGUACAUCAUUCUACAUGAAAAUUAAAAAUAAAAGACCAUAGGAUUAUUUCAGGUCGACAACAGGAUAAUCAGAAAAUCUAAGAAGCGUAAGAGGAAAGCAGAAUGGAUAGGUAAAGAGUUAAACUGAUUCCAAAUAGUUGUUUACGUUUACACUCCAAUCAGAAAAGAAUUAACCAAAUGAACUGAGAUAAAAAGCGUCAAAAUAAUGCUAAAUACAGAUUGGACAGAGAUAGAAGUAAUCGAAUUGAUAGUUGAUAAUACAACACAUCUUGGAUUUGGUAUGUGUGGAAGUAAGAGCACAGGUGUAAUCGUUAGAUGCAUUACACCUGGUGGAGCGGCUGAAUUGGACGGUCGUCUUCGACUUGGUGACCAUAUUGUCUGCAUUCGUGAUCAUAAUGUUCGGAGUUAUGGACCAGAUCAAGUGGCUACAGUUCUACGCCAAACUAUAUCAAAUUGUGUAUCUGAAGGUGUAUUAAAACAAGAUUCUCUGCAGAUGGAUGAAACAUCCACAAAAACUAUGAAUAAAAAAACUUCACUUAUCGGAACGCAGCCAUUAACAAACAGAAUUUCAUCAACUUUUACUAAUACUACUAAUAUACGAUCGGAAAAGUAUACUUUAUCCCCAAGCCAAAUAGAUUUAAAACAAAUUGAGUCUAACGAGACCAAUCAAAAACUAAUGAGCGACCAAACAGUUUUAAUUCGAAUGAUUGUAGCUCGUCCAGCUAAUGGUAAUCCUGUUGAUUUGAAUGAUAUCAGUUUAAAGCAGCAAGCAGUUUGUCAUCACCAUGGUGUUCUUGGAAUGCUGACGAUUAUACCAACACAUCAAAUAGAUCAAUAUAUAGAUGUAUUACUACACAAGAAACUUCCACUUGUUGAUUUGUACAGUCUAUACAAAACAGAUCUAUUGAACAUUGAAAACAAUACUGAUAUUUAUGAAAAAAUUAAUUCAAAUGAAGUUGGAUGUUUUGAAUUAUCAAAGCCAAUCGACUACACUGGAAGUGAGUUGAUAGAAAUGAAUAAAAUCAUUGAAUCUUCUUCAACUUCAUCGAAACAACAAGAACAAUCUGAUCUUGAUUUUCAGCAGUUUCGAGAGAUGAAGCCAUGCUCGACACUUCAGGUUAUAACAAGUCCUCGAAAUUGCUCAGAAUCUGAUAUUGAAGAGAUUCGCAAUAAUCAACCAAGUCGAGUUAUUGAAAAUGAUCGCAUAGAUAAUAAAUAUAAUGAAAAUUUAAAAAUCGAUUGCAACACAACAUUGAAUUAUCAAAACUACUCCAUUGAUAAUCAUAUUUCAUCUUCUUUCAAUGAAUAUGUUCUUGAGAAUAUAAGUCAACAGGGCUUAUCAAUUCAUGUUAAUAAUAAACAAAAAAGUGGCGAUGAAGAGACAGAAGAAACGGAAAUUCACACUGUACAAUUAACAAAAUCAAAGGAUCAAGGCUUAGGUCUAAGUGUAGUUGGAUAUAUUUAUAAAAAUCCAUAUGAUAAAAAUGCAUACAAUAAAGGAAUUUUUGUACAAAAGAUCACUCCCAACAGUAUAUCGGAUAAGUCAAAAUCAAUUCAAGUAAAUGAUCAAAUAAUCCAAGUAAAUGAAAUAUCCUUAAGUGGUCUGGAUAACGUAAAGGCCAUUUCGGUUUUGAAGAAGUCUGAUGCAAGUAUCACACUAAAAUUGAAACGCUAUCUUUGUGGUUUCCUUUGUAAAGAAUUAAAAAAAGCGGGUUCUUUCCAAAUAAGCAAUAAUGAACCACAAAAUCGAUCGGUAAAGCAUGAUGAAAUUUCAGACUCUGAUCUAAAUUCGGAUCAACCAUACUCAGUAGACAGUAGUGUAUUGAAGUAUAAUAUAAUCAACAGUGAAGCAAGUGAUUCAUCAAAUCAAUCAGUGGUUAGUAUAUUGUAUCAACACGAGAAUUAUCCACUAAAUGAUACUAAUUUUGACCAAUCAAAUACAUUACACAUGGAAUUAACAGAAGAAUUCAUCGAUUCAUCAUGUACAUGUUUACAUAGUUAUGAAAGUAUAUUUUCAGAACAAAAGGAAGUUAAAGAAAUGGUGUCACAACUGGCGAAUAAUAAAAAUAAUCAUGAUCAAUUAAGUGCAGUGGCUUUUUCUGACCAAUUAUUAAUUAAUAAAAAUUGUAAAUUAUUAAACCCAGCAAACGUUAACUUAGUUGAUAAUAUAGAAUCAUUUAAACAACAAGCACCCGUAACAAUGAUGGCAACCACAAUAAGAAAUAAAGAGGAGCAUCAAAAUGUGAGUACCGAUCAAGAAGGUGAAGAAUUCACUAAGCGUAUCUGUGGUGUUGGAAAUAAUGGGACGUUGGCAAUCAGUAGGUUCACGCCUAAUUUCGGCAUUGAAACAACGUCUAAACUGGAAACGAGCAAAAAUACAACAUCUAGAAAUAUCAGUGAUACUUUGAUUCAAAUCAAUGAUGAUAAUAAUGACAAUAAUAAUACAGCCAUCGGAUCUAAAGAAAUAAUUGAUCAAAAUCGUCCUGGGAAAACGGAUCACAUCAAUUCAUCAAAUGAGGAACAAAUUAAAAUAACAAAUGAAGUUACAGAUGAAUUGGUUGAUCUCAUGCGUAAAGUUUGGCUUCCGAUUGUUGGUCCUGGUUAUGAAAUAAUAGUUUUACAUAUUCAUAAAUCUCGCGGAACAUCAAAUUUGGGCAUAAGCAUAGAAGGUGUGACCUAUGUAGCAGAACCAGAUUUUGAUCAUGAAAAUUUAUCAUCUACAAUGGUUACAACUAGUAGUCAAAUUAAAGAUAAAUCUAAUUUAAGUAGUAAACUGUUACCAAAUGGUAUAGCAAAAUCUGCUCAUUCAAAUGAUAUCAAGUUUAGUGAUAUGCCAUCACGCCAUUUCGUCCAAUAUAUUGUACCUGAUGGUCUGGUCGGUAGUUUGGGUGUUGUGCAAAAGGGUGAUGAGUUACUUCAGGCUAAUGGUCAUCGUAUACAUGGUACAACGCAUACUAGUACUCUUCGUUAUUUGCGCAAUUUACCAUCACGCAUUGAAUUAGUCUUUGCUCGUAGAAAAUCUACAUAUGAGAAUGGAGGUGAUGACGUGUUUAGUAUUACGGGCGGUAAGGAUCAGUUGAUUGAUGUUGCAGGGGAAUCACUACUUGAAGUAGCUGCUAGUGAAAUUGGUUCUGUAGAUACUGGUUCAUCUAUGAGAAUAGUGAAUACUUACGAUAAUGUUGAUCGGUCAAUUUAUUCUAGUCCAGUGUCGCCGGCUACGGCCCAUAAACGUGUCACCGAAUGGAUUCGAAAAUCUCAAGGAGAUUUAUGUGCGACUAUUGACUAUUCAUCUUCACCUGAAUCUUCUGUAACUAAAGAAACUAAUAAUAAAUCACAAAGAUUUAAUUGUUGUGAUGUAAAACACCACCUCAAUAAUUAUGUAAAUUCGAAUUACACUAGUAAAUUACAACAACAGUAUCCAGUAAAUACAAUGAAAAACAAUCGUAAAUAUUCAUUACCCAGUACAGUAGAGCCGUCAGAAACACAAAUACAUUCUAGGACUCUAGGGCGUUUACCAAUAUCAAGAUGUGGUAAUGUGUGUAUGGAAAAACAAUCUGUUGAACAACACGAUCAUCGCCGUUGUCAAACUUUACCACAUUAUCAUCAUAAUCGCUCAAAUCGUAUUGAUCCUCGUUACGGUUUUAAACGACCAUGUUGGUCUUCAGUGCCUUUAAUUAUUCAACUGAAUAAAACAUCUCAUGGUUUUGGAUUUAGUAUAGCUGAAUAUGAGGAACUACCUGUUACUGACUUAGAAGGCAAUACACUCCGUAAAGCUUGUUCACUUGAUAGAAGAAGUUCUAAUAUGAUUGAAUCUGAUCGUCGAUCAUUUCAUUCCUAUCGUUCUACGGGUUCUACCGUUGCAUCAUUAUCGUCGUUACCUGGUAAGAAUUCAAAAUCUUCCAGUAGAUUGAAACGAAGAUCCACGUGGUCUAGUCGCUCCAAAUCACACGGUAUCUUAUUAGUUGAUAGUUUAACUCCAGGUGGUAUUGCACAGUUGGAUGGACGUAUAUCAAUCGGUGACAGGCUGUUAUUUGUUAAUGAUAAAAAUUUAAUGAAAUCUAGUGUAUUUGAGGCCGCUAUCACACUAAAGUCCCUUCCUAAUGGACCAUGUUUAAUUGGUAUAGCAAAAAUGCAGUUGGAAUCAAAUGAAACAGAUGACAUUCAUGAAAAAAGCCAACAACAAUUACUAUUGCCAUACCCUGUUGUCUCUUCUAGACCUUCUGUGAUUGGCAUGUUUCGAGAUACUGGUGAGAUGAAAAAGAUCAGUGUUAAGUCUGAUCUAGCAUAUCCAUUACACGUAAACACUGGUGAUAGCACUAUCAAUAAUGACGAUAAUAAUACGAUUAUGAAUGGUUUCAAUGCUACUGGAUCUGAAGAUUUGGCUUUAGAUUUUUAUACACUACCAUUACUUUGUCCAAAUCCUCAACUACAUGCACCCGAUUUACAAUAUGUCACUCCAGUUGACCCAACACUAGAGAUAUCUGAGCGUUUGGAACGUGGAUCUCUACCAAUAGGUUUAAAGUUAGAUGCAUUAGCCUGUCAUGGACAGGAUGGUUGUCGUGUCGUGCAGGUUUUAGGUGGUGGGGCUGUAGCUCGUGAUCAAGUUCUUGUCACAAAUGAUUAUAUAACUAGUUUAAACGGUCUUUCUAUGCGUUAUUUAGACAAUUUGAAAGCAUUUGAGAUCUUACAUUCACUAUCUCAAAAUUCAGCUGUGAUUCACAUAACGUAUUUUCGUGCUUGUGUUAUUGAAUCUCAUCGAAUUAAAUGUUUAUCUAAAACAUUGAAUCAAACGAGUGAAAAUUCUUUACAGAAAAGUUCUCCAUAUUCGUCUAUUGUACAACCUAUAAAUUGGUCACCUCCGAUUGCAAUUGUACUUCAUCGUUUGAACACUAGUCAACCAUGGGGUUUGGUUGUAUCUGGUUCUGACAUUUGUUCAAAAUUGAAUUGUUCAGCACCAAUGAAUUUAGAAAAUCCAAGCAUUGUAUCCGAGAUAUUGCCUAAUAGCAUAGGAAGAAAUUGUAAAUUGCUUAGUCGUGGUCUGUUGAUUUUACAAAUUCAAGGUGUCGAUGUCUCUACCAAAGGUCCAAAUUAUGUCAAUGCUUAUCUGCAAUAUCUAUCGGAUCAGCCUGAUCUACGUGAAAUUCACAUAGUUGUAUGCCAUUUUAAUGAUGAUUGUACGGAACAUAUUAUUAAUAGUGGUGUUGGUGGGAUGUUUAAUCAAGUUAAUAUUACCAAUUAUACUGCUACUACUACUAAUGAUAAUAAUAAUAAUAAUAAUAAUAAUAAUAAUAAUAAUUUAAAUCUUACUGAUAAAAUGGAGUUAUCCAACUAUUUAAAUAUCUCCACACCUAUCAAUGGUCAACUAAUAUGUGAUCAUAUUGUCCACUCAGGGACAUCUCCAAGUUCCAGUGAUAUGGAAGAUCCUGAACCACUGACUGAUAUGGAGUCUCGUGAUGUGGUGAAUAUUUUAUCUCGAUCAGUGCCGUCACCAGAUCCGAAUAAUUCUUCCGAUUCACAGCAUAAUGCCUAUAAGAAAUCUACUCUGUGUCCAUUAUCUCAACUUUCAUCGCCUAUUUUAAAAGAUGAAGAUAACGCUGUCAGUACUGAUGUUAUGUUUUCAACGUAUGAAAGAUUCGAUAAAAAAUCAAAACUACAAAAUGGCUGGGUUAGUGACGGUAUUUGUAGUUCUAGUUCUCCAUCAUUUCCUCCACCUCCACUACCUCCUAGACGAUUGUCUACAACAUCUAAAGAACAAGAGGCGACUGGUUAUUUAAAACCUGUAGUAGUUAAUGAUUCAAAUGUAAAUGAAUUAAAUUUCUAUAAUCCUGUGAAAUUGUACACACGUCAUAGUCAAGAUGAGAUAUUUGUUAUUCGUCUACCAUUACUAAUUAAUUCUUCAUCAAAUUACACCCAUAAUGUUAACGAAGAAACGGGAAAUUUAGGUUUGCAUCUUGUUAGCUGUUCUUAUCCCGACAGUAUGGCUACAUUUGUUGCAAGCUGUCAAACGAAUUCUAGUGGUGGUCUUGAGUGUGGAGAUGAAAUUGUACAGGUUGAAGACGUCAAUGUCUGUGGAUUAGAUCAUAUUUCCGUUCAACAGAUUAUCCAUUCAAAAAUCACCGAAUUAAUGUCGAAUAAGUAUUCAAUCAAUAACUCAAGUAGUAAUUAUUUUAUUGGUAAUGAUGAUAAUGGACAAGUGAACGAUUCAGAUCAAUCAGUUAUCAAAUCUUUCAUUACACUAAUCAUAAGACGUAAUCCAAAAAAUUUGUCAAUAAUGUCAUUUUCGAGGGAGUGCAAUGAUUCACCGUUGAGUGUAAAUAAUUUGACUGGUAGCACCUGUUCAAAAGCGCUAUUGUCAUCACCACCUAAUCAAUUACCAACUGGUUCAAAGCCAAUUCCACAUACAUUUCUAAAAGAGAUCAUGGUUGAAUUAAGUGAAGAUUUUUGGAAAUUUCAACUGUUCGACAUUAUAUUGGAGAGAGGUUCAGACGGUUUCGGUAUUUUCAUCGUUAAUUUAAGUCCAAACAAUGAACCUGGUGUAUUCGUCAGCGAAAUCCGUCCAAACAGCCCAGCACAACUACAAGGAGUUCUUAGACCUCAUGAUCGUAUACUAGCUAUUGAUGGUCAACUUCAAUGUGAUUAUGAAAGUACACUGGAAUUGUUGCAAAAAUCAAGAAAAUCUGUACGCCUAACCAUCGGUAGACAAAUACCUUGUCACAGUGACUCACAAAAAAUGCUACAAUUUGGACAUGUAGCUACAACAGGAGAUAAUGCAGAUAAUGAUAUAAAGCACCAUAAAUUAUCCAUUAUACCUGGGAUUCCUGCUACAGUUACUCUGUACAAGACUGACGGAGGUCUCGGAUUCUCGAUUGUUGGUGGAAGUGACACAGUUUUGAGUAACAUUUUGGUCCAUGAAGUGCACUCUGGCGGAGCUGCUGCACGUGAUGGUCGGCUUCAAGUUGGUGACCGUUUAUUAGCUGUCAAUGGAAUCGAUCUUCGUGAAGCUACCCAAAAAGAUGCCACAAAGAUUAUACGAACAGCUGAUGACUGUAUCCAAUUGGUUGUGUACAGAGAUCCUGAACCACAAUAUAUAAAUCAAGGUGUAUUCGAAUGUCAUAAUGUUCACUUGAAACGUGAUAUGCCUGGACAAAGUUUUGGUCUGUCAUUGAUUGGUCGACCUCAUUAUUCGACUGGUACAGCUAUUGGCGGCAUUAUAGAGAAUAGUCCAGCUGCUCGUUCAAAUCUUUUAGAAGUUGGUGAUAUAAUUUUAGAAAUUAAUGGUUGGGAUAUGCGUUUGGCUAAAUCAGAUGAAGUAAUCAAUUUAUUAAAGAAUGCACAUAACGACGUGAAAUUAUUGAUUGGACGUUACAAAACUGGGCCAUCAAUGCAUGCCUAUCCUCGAAAUCGAUUAAAUGUCUAUGUGGUUGUACUUGAACGUCGUCAAUUUGGCUUUUGUAAUGAUCGUUCUCAGGUGGAAAAACCUUAUUCUAAUGAUCCUGAUAUUCUUGUCGAUUCUAUCUGUCAAAAAACUGAUGAAAAUGAAUUACACGAUUUAAAAUCCUCAACCAACUAUAUUACCGUAAACAGCGAUCAGAAGUUUAGUGGUGAUGACGGUAAUAAUAGCAAUGAUGAAAUUGCUUCAGCUGCAUUUGGUUUACGUAUUCGUCAAGCGACUUCACAAGAAUUAUGGGACUCACACAUUCGACUAAUCGUAGAUAGUAUACAACAUGACAGUCCAGCAGAUCGAUUAGGAAUGAUAAUGCCGGGUGAUCGCCUAUUAAGUAUAGAUCGUGAACCGGUGGAUUGGUUGAACCCAACUGAAGUUGUCCAGCUAUUAGCUAAUCUACUGUAUUGUACAAUUGAAUUAGGUCGUUUACCGUACUUCAACGCACCAUUAUCUGCUAACAAUAAUACUAUAUCAGAUAAGUGUUUUAAGCCUUCUCCACAAGCGGUCACUUCGUCAUUAUCUCCAUCUCAUCAAAUUCAACAAGAUGAACAUGAUAUGUUCCCACCUUAUCCACCUCCGUCACUAGAACUACCGACAUUAUUUGGUGGCACUAUGCCAUGUAUUGAAACACCAAGCUUUUUAAGAGAUAUGUGCACUUUGCCUGAACAACAAGAUGAAGAUGAUGAAAGUAAGAUUAAUAAAAUUAGAUUUGGACAUCGUGAGAAUGAUAAUGAUAAUCAUUAUCGGUUACCUGAAUCUACUUAUUGUACAAUUAAUUCAAGCAAUCAACAAGACCAAAUUGAUUCAGUGUUGAAUAUGACACCUUUGAAUGAAGAAGAAAUUGAAAAGGCUUUAGAAUUAUCUGAAAGAGGCAGUGGAGGAUUUUUUGUACGACAGAUUUAUUUACCAGCUGCACCAGUUAAUACUAACGAUAACACCAAUUCUAGUCAUAUAUCAAAUAUUCAUUUAGGUUUACGUUUAGUUAGUGGUCCGGGUGUUAGUGGACCAGUUGUUGUUCGUAUUGAACCGAAUUCAUGUGCUUCUAGAACCGAUAUUCAGAUUGGUGAUCGUAUUCUGGGUCUAGAUGAUAAACUGUUACUUUCUUUACGUCAAGAUAAUCAUUCUGCUGAUGAUAUACUAUGUAUGAUUGAAAAUGUUUGGAUUACACGUUCAAUAAAUUCUCAGUUGACUUACGAACAAAAUCCUUGUUGUUUAACAAUUAUUAGUUAUCAUAGCUUACCAUUGUUCAGUUCACUUGGUAAACAAGAAAAUGAUUCUAAAAUUAAAGAAAAGAAUUCAAGUAAAAACCUAGAAAAUAAUACACAACUUAAUAUAUCUUUAACAAAUUUACAUCUAACCAAUGGUAAUACUUCUAAUUGUCAACAUAGCAUUAGUAGUAUUGAUAUGGGAAAUCCGAAAAAUCACGUGAUAUCUAAUACUACUAUUCCUUUACCAUUCGAAUCCAAAUUACCCAUAGUGAGUAAAUUCCAACGAAAUGGAGGAGUUGGGCACCCUCAUUCAGGUGAGGAGCUACAUCCAAAUUCACCAUCAUUACGUAAUCACCGCUAUGAAUUGUCUCUUGAACCAAGCGAUGAUGUCAGAUAUCGUUUGCCGAAUAAAAAUCUUUUUGUAGAUGAUGCGAUUCACGUGAUAUGUGAAAACGCUAGUACUAAUACCAACAAAAAUAAUCCACAACACUCAUCAUGUGUUGAAUCGGUAUCAUCACUUUCAACACCGCCACCUGAAGAUGAUGGCGUUAUGUGCAAUCGUCCAUUGAUGAAUUUAAAUCGUAAAUUUUCUAUUCAGAAUAAUCAACAUGCCUAUAAUAACAAUGGAAUUAUGAAUAACAAAGCAUGCCUUUAACACCGACAAUAACAACAGUAAUAAAUCUACAAUGAAAUAUCCAAACAGGCUCGUAUAAAUAUAAAUAAAAUGAAUACAAUGAUUUGUGUUUGGUUUUCUCCUCCUCUUCUAUUUCUUAUUGUAACAUUUUAUUCUAAACACUUGGUUUGUUUAUUUCAAAUUGUUAAUAUCUUGAUUUAUUUUUUUGAUUGAGAUUUGUGUCAAGAAUAAUACUGUUAUUAUCUCUCUCCCUUUUUUUUCGAAUGAAAUUAGAGUGAUACUUGUUUUUCUUGUAAUGUGUUCCCUCUAUUUUUUCUGAAUAAAAAGACUAUCAAUUAUCACGCAGACAGUUCAGCCAAUUAACUGUCGUUGAUGCAGUUGGGACUAGGAAUUUCCACUCUGUAUUUCGAUUGCUAAGUGCAAGUUGCUCGUUCCUUAAAAAUAUUAAAAUUAUCAGUUUCAUUCAUUUUUUCAACUACACUUUGUGUCUACCAUAACUAAAAGGAUGUCAAUAUUGCAUAAUUCCCUUUUUCGAAUGUGAAAUCUUUAUCUAAUUUGAUUAUUUUUACGAAAGUUAUUUCUUACAGGAAAUCAACAUAUAAUUGUGAAUAUAUGGACAUUUGUGAUUCAUGUAACUUAUUUCGGUAUAUAUAAACAAAUAAAAUAAGCACUGACAUCAAAUACAGUUAUUGUGCAACCUUUCA